UGGUGUCACCCCCUGAAGCUCCCUACACAUUGAUCCCUGGGCUCUAGUAUGCCCAUCCUCUGCUCUCCUAUCCAUGAGUGUCAUCCUUGGCUCCCCUCCUCUGUGGCACUCCUCCUCCCCUUUGGCUGUGAGUCUCCUGUAGGGGCAGGGCUCCUUUUCUCCUACACAUCUCCCUCCCUGGAUCUCUCCUCCUCCUCCUCCCUCUGUCUCCUCUUUACACAUCUCUUCUACACCAAGGAGUGGAUGCCUGCUCCAUCCCAGUGACAAGGACCUGUACCAUCAGCAGAAACUUGGCAGACUCCAGAGACCCGAGCGAUCGCCACUACACCAGGAAAGACCUUGAUUUUUAUCUGGAUUAGGUUGCAAUUAAAUGGCUGAUAAACAAAUUAGUUUGCCUGCCAAGCUGAUAAAUGGAGGAAUAGCUGGACUGAUUGGUGUAACCUGUGUCUUUCCCAUUGACUUGGCUAAGACUCGUCUACAGAACCAACAAAAUGGCCAACGAAUGUACACCAGCAUGUCAGAUUGCCUUAUUAAAACAAUACGCUCAGAAGGAUACUUUGGCAUGUACAGGGGUGCUGCUGUAAAUUUAACCCUUGUUACCCCAGAGAAGGCAAUCAAAUUAGCAGCAAAUGACUUCUUUAGACAAGCACUAUCCAAAGAUGGGAAGAAGUUGACUCUGCUGAAGGAGAUGCUGGCUGGCUGUGGUGCUGGGACAUGCCAAGUAAUUGUUACCACCCCUAUGGAGAUGCUGAAGAUCCAGCUGCAGGAUGCAGGAAGAUUAGAGGCUCAAAGGAAGCUCAUGGCCAGCCAGGGGGGAGCAAGCAGUGGCGCAGCAGAGGCCAGCUUCGCUCGACCCACCGCCAUAGCCAUCUCCCGGGAACUACUGAGAAGUAAAGGGAUAGCCGGAUUGUACAAAGGUCUGGGAGCGACUCUAUUAAGGGAUGUACCCUUUUCAAUGAUAUAUUUCCCCCUCUUUGCCAACUUGAACAAACUUGGGCAGAAGACUCCAGAUGGGAAAUCUCCCUUUUUCGUGUCUUUCCUUGCUGGUUGUGCAGCGGGGAGCACUGCUGCUGUUGCUGUUAAUCCAUGUGAUGUGAUUAAAACAAGAUUACAAUCAUUGCAACGAGGUGUUAACGAAGAUACUUACUCAGGAAUCAUAGACUGCGCCAGGAAGAUCUGGAGGAGUGAAGGUCCAGCUGCCUUCCUGAAGGGGGCAUACUGCAGAGCCCUGGUUAUUGCUCCACUUUUUGGCAUUGCACAAGUCAUCUAUUUUAUAGGCAUUGGUGAAUUUAUCCUGGGCUUCUUACCCUCCAAGCGCGAUUAACGAAAACCUACAGUUAUCUUCUUUUAGUGGCACCCUAACUUCAGCUCCUCUUGCCGCACAGUCCUUGUGUGGACGCUUCCUGGUAUUGCCUUUUGUCACUUGUGGGUUUACAAGCUGGAAGACCUUACACCAGUGCAAUCUGUCCUGAAAAUCUGCAGAGCCUUUCAGCUAGUUAGGUAGCGUUCCACGCUGGCAAGCAGGACACAGUGUUAACCUUACAGGCAAGAAAGCUGUAUUAUGUCUGGUUGUUAUUGCUUAUGUUGCUGGAACAUAUUUAUUUUAUUAUCCUAAAUGGUGAAAGUCUUUGUUUUAGAUAUAACAAUCAUAUUGUUAAUCCAAAAUCUGCAGCAUGGACCUGCAGCAUACUGUACAAGAAUGGCAACAUCCACAUACAUUUUAAAUAGUUAAUUUAUUUCAGAUUUUAAAUUGUCUAGCAUCUAUAUGAAUGUUUUGAGCAAGCCUAGAAAAGUAUAGGGAUCGGGAUUUUUUUGUGCUAGGGUUACAAGAGAUAAUUCUAAUCAGGAUACCUACUGUUAGACCCCAUUCACACCUGAGCGUUUUGUAGCUUGGAGCCUGAAGCUACAAAACGCUGGAGGGGAAAAAAUCUAUUAUUCUCUAUGGAGAUGGUUCCACAUCUCCACUCCAAAACGCCUGAAGCCAGAAGCUCAAACAAAUUCUGGGACUUUCUUUUUAGGCAGAUUUUGGCGUUUUUCGGCUUUUUACAUUGGUGACCUUUUGACCUGUACAAAAUCAUGGCAAAAACGCUGUAAAAAACCCCGCAAAAAUCAAGGUAAAAUUGCGUGACUUUCUGCCUGAAAACGCUAUGCUCAGGUGUGAAUGGGGCCUUAAAGAGUACAUGUAUACAUAGGGGCAG